UGACAUGAGGAUACACUUCAGCUCCAAAUCUCUCUGCUUCAUACGCCUGCCUUAUUAUAUGACGAACAACGGUGCAAAAAAGGGAAUUCUUAGCAAUAUCACCUAAAACUACUUAUUUCAUAUUGCUUAGUUUACGGUCCACAGAAUGAAAAGCUUCGUGACGGUGUGCUGUCUGAGUUUUCUGCUGGGUCUUGUGGCUGUAGUUGAGAGUGAUGAAGACUACACUGAGGAUGAAGAGAUGAUCCUGUCUUUAAUUCUGCAGGAUGACACCCAGCCUGAAGCAGAGAGCAGGCCAUCCGCCCAGUUUUACAGGUGCACUAAGGACACGUGGCUCAUGCCGGGUCAGUAUAUAGUGGUGAUGCGGAACGGAACGCACGUGAACCAGGUGGAGCGCACCGCGCGCAGACUCCGCGCAAAAGCCGCCAAACGCGGAUAUCUGAUCGAAAUACAGCAGACUUAUUCAGGAGCUUUCCACGGGUUUCUGGUGAAAAUGAGCAGCGAUGUUCUUCACAUGGCAGUAAAGCUGCCCCAUGUGGAAUACAUUGAAGAGGAUUCCUCCAUCUUCGCCCAGAGCAUCCCAUGGAACCUGCAGCGCAUCCUUCAAAACAAACAUGAGACUGGAAAAUACUCACCACCAAAUGACGGAGCAAAGGUGGGAGUGUAUCUUUUGGACACAAGCGUUCAGGUGACUCAUCGCGAGAUUGAGGACAGGGUGAUGGUGACGGACUUCAACAGUGUGCCGGAGGAGGAUGGGGUCAGAGUUCACAGACAGGCUAGUCAGUGUGACAGUCAUGGCACGCACAUAGCAGGUGUGGUCAGUGGACGGGACUCGGGUGUAGCUCGAGGUGCCAGUGUAAACAGCGUCCGAGUGUUAAACUGCCAAGGCAAGGGUACUGUGUCAGGAGCUUUGGCAGGUCUGGAGUAUAUUCAGUCGUCUCUGAUGUCUCAGGCUAUCAGACCUGUGAUCCUACUGCUGCCAUUUGUAGGGGGAUUCAGUCGCACCCUCAACGCUGCCUGCAGGAAAAUGGUGGAAUCUGGCGCAGUGCUUGUUGCUGCAGCUGGUAACUACAACGAUGAUGCUUGUCUGUACUCACCAGCCUCAGAGCCUGAGGUGAUAACAGUAGGGGCCGUUAAUUUUGCUGACCAGCCCUUGAGCACUGGGACGACAGGCACCAACGCGGGCCGCUGCGUGGAUGUGUUCGCACCCGGUGAUGACAUCAUCAGCGCGUCCAGCGAUUGCUCCACCUGCUUCACCACCAAGAGUGGAACAUCACAGGCAGCGGCACAUGUUGCUGGUAUAGCGGCGGUGCUCCUAAAUUUGAAUCCGAACUCUAGUUCUGCUGAGCUUCUGCAACAGCUCCUCCAUCAUUCAGUCAAACAGGCCAUUAACCCAGAGUAUCUGCCACUGAACCACCGUCUCCCUACACCCAACAUGGUGGUCGCCCUGCCUGACCCGACCUCCACACUCACAGGAGAGGAUUUACUCUGUAGAUCCGUUUGGUCUGAGCGGUCAGCUGCUAAAGGUUUGGCCACAGCUACAGCCCGCUGUCGUCACAGUGAAGAGAUGCUGAGCUGCUCCAGUUUCUCACAAAACGGAGCAAGAGCUGGAGAAAGAGUGGAGGAGAGAGAUGGGCAGAAAGAGUGUGUUGCUGUCAGUGGGAAUGGAGGGCAAGGUGUGUUCGCUGUAGCGCGCUGCUGCACAGGCCAUAAAGCUCAGUGCCAGAUGUUAGAGAGUCCCCAGAGAGGCGCGGAUGCAGAAUGUCCUCCAGACCACCAGCUGACAGGAUGCAGCUCUUCCUCUUCAUCUGGAGAUGCAUCGGACUCUGAACGACCUCUACAUGGCAUCCGCAGGGCAUGUCCUGCUAAAAGGGAUGUAACGUCAUACGCCUCCUGCUGCCACACAUCCUCUCUGGAGUGCCGGCUGAAAGAACACGACUCUACGGGUCUCAGCGAGCAGGUGGAGGUUUCAUGUGAAGACUCGUGGACACUGACAGGCUGUCAGGGUCUGUCACAUGGUUCUGUUGUUCGUGGGGCAUUUGCUUUGGGAAACACCUGUGUAGUUCAUACAUCUGGAGGAGAUAUAGGAGCUGCCGCCAUCGCCACCUGCUGCAGGCACCGCCUGUCCCACAAGCCAUCUGACCACUGAGGGAUGUGUGUUCUUCGUUUCUCACUUCUCUAAACCAUGGACAUAACUGCUAUAGCACAUAUAAUAGUUGGAGGUGUUACAUAAGUGAGCUCAGUUCUGUCAUUAUGCAAUAUUACAUGACAGAGAAGUGCAUUGUAACCAGUUCUGGACAUAACCAUAUUCAAUCUAGAAACUCUACAAGGAGCGCUAAAACACUUUAAAAGGCCUUUAAACAGCAAAACACAUUUAUACAUGCAUUGUCGCAUUAAUAUUAGAAUUCAGACUGAUGCCGAUAAUUAUUUUCAUGUUAUGGCUAUAAAAAUUCUCUACUAUUUUCCUUAAAUAAUAAUAAAAAAAAACACUAAAAUUGAUGAUCGAUUGUUUUAAAAUCUACAAGUGAAUUCAGGCAUCAUUGAAAAAUGGGUAUUCAUUUUGAGAUUUGCUAAAAAUUACAUUUAACAGUAGUAAAGCGAGCAUUAGAUGACAGCUAACUAUAAAAAUAGAGGAAAUAAGCAUGUACAAUGAAAUACAGAAUAUCAGUCAAUAUAUUUAAAAUAUGUAGCAAUACUGCUUAAUAAAAAAAAAAAAUCAUCAAUAUCGGUAACCGAUAUUAUAGAUAAUACCACUUUGACUGUAUUUAGGACUAACACUUUUAAUUUUUAUAUUAACAGAAUAUAUUUUAAAUAUGUACCAAUACUGUUAAAUUAAAAAAUCUCCAAUCUCGGUAACCGAUAUUAUAGAUAAUACCACUUUGACUUAUUCAGGACCAGCAUUUAUCAUUUUUAUGUUUGCACAUAUUCUGAAUUGAAACAGGUCUAUUUUCACUAUUUCUGGCAAGCGCAUUAUCUCCUAUUAUGCAUGUGCACUGUGUAUAAGAGUGUAAUUCUUUUUAUAAAUGUAUAUUUUUGUAUUGCAAAACUUCAUGACUUCAUGUAAUGGUCUACUUCAGACUUGGCACAUACAAAAUCACAGUCUGAAAAGUUGUGCGUUCCAGUUUUUCCUUUUUAUAUCAAAUGUUUUCAUUGUCAAACUCUGAUGUACAAAUUAAAAUGCGGUUUUAACAUGCAUUAACAGAUUCCUUUACACACUCGCAGCAGAAAUGAAUCAAAGAAUCACCAGUUAUUAAAAACUCUUCAAGCAUCUUUAACCCUGUCCUGACACCCAGCUUAAAAACACAAGUCUCAUCACAGAUCUACCGAGCGGUUGGUACAGCAUCUACAGGUGUAGGAAAGGUUAAAAAAGAUUGAUUGGCGGGAGGAGGAUCAAAUUUGUGGAUAGUUUUAACACACCCUGUUCUUAAGUACACCAUAUUUUAAAGAAGACUACAGCACUGGUUAUAAACUGUAACCCCACCAUAUCUUAAAGGCUCCUUUAGUGAAAACCUAAGCAGGCAGUUGAGCUGAAAUUAGUGUGAUAUCUUUGCAAAUGUGCAUAUUUCAGCAAAAUAAGAAAGAUGCCUUAUGUUUAGGCACUGAUCUGAUGAAUUCUGCCCUCUAUUGUAACUGAACCGUGCCUUUAAGUCUUGAAACGUUUCAAAAUAAUCCUCCGGUCAUCCUAAAACCUAACUAAUCACCCCAAACACUUACCACAUCUGCUGCAGUGAAUUAGCAGUUAAAUAUUUACUGAUUCAAAGCAUUAAGGCAGUUGUGAGUACUGCAGUGUUUUGCUGACUAUUAGAGGCCAAAACCAAGAGAAAGAGACAAAAAGUCAAAGACCAUACUGAAAAAGACUGCUUAAACCAGCCUUAACAGGUUUUACCAGGCCUUUGGCCUGAUCAAUCUUGAGUUUAGUUGCCUCAAGGUACUCUAAUAUCAGCAAACCAGGCUGGCCAUGUUGAAAAAAACAAACAAACAUGUUGUUGAACCAGUUUAAGAUGGUCUGCUAGUUUUAUCAGGUCUUCCAGCCUGACUAAUCUUGAAUUUAAGUACCCCAAACCACUCUACAACCAGCAAACCAGGCUGGCCAUGGGGAAAAAAAAACAUGUUAAAACAGCUCAAGAUGGUGUGCUGGUUUGACCUGGUCUCCUAGUCAGGGCAAUCUUAAGUGUAAGUGCCCCAAACCACUGUAAAACCAGAAAACCAGGUUGGCCCUUUUGAAAAAAA